UGACGACGCUCUGAGUUGACAGCUCGGCGUCGUCCAGUGACAGCCACAGGCGGGGAAAGCCCUCACUCGUAGUCUCGCACUCACCAAGUCCCCAGCGUGUCUCUCUGCUUGGCUCCCGACUCAGCGCCGCGCAAGGCACAGGCACUCUCGCAAGACAGCAACACGGAGCUUGCUUGCGUUCAACAUGGCCGAUACAAGUUCGAUCGAGUCGUCCAACGAGGACGUAGCGAAUAGAUUUGCUCGCAAAGGUGCUCUGAGGCAGAAAAAUGUCCACGAAGUGAAGAACCACAAGUUUACUGCCAGGUUCUUCAAGCAGCCGACUUUCUGCAGCCACUGCACGGACUUCAUCUGGGGCUUUGGAAAACAAGGAUUUCAGUGCCAAGUUUGCUGUUUUGUGGUCCAUAAGAGGUGCCAUGAAUUUGUCACAUUUUCUUGCCCAGGAGCUGAUAAGGGUCCAGACACAGAUGAUCCCAGAACAAAACAUAAAUUUAAGAUCCACACGUUUGGGAGUCCGAUCUUUUGUGACCACUGUGGCUCUCUGCUGUACGGCCUUGUGCACCAGGGAAUGAAGUGUGACACGUGCGAUAUGAACGUCCACAAGCAGUGUGUCAUGAACGUGCCCAGCCUGUGUGGGAUGGACUACACGGAACAGAGGGGGCGACUUUUCCUCAAGUGCGAGGUCAGCGGGGAGAAGCUGCAGGUCACAGUUGGUGAAGGGAGGAAUCUGAUACCGAUGGACCCCAAUGGCCUGUCUGAUCCAUACGUAAAACUCAAGCUCAUACCUGAUCCCAAAAAUGAGACCAAGCAGAAGACCAAAACCAUCCGCUCUAAUCUGAACCCCAAAUGGGGUGAGACUUUUACCUUUAAACUGAGACCUACAGACAAGGACCGCAGGUUAUCCGUGGAAGUGUGGGAUUGGGAUCGGACAACCAGGAAUGACUUCAUGGGCGCCCUUUCAUUUGGGGUGUCGGAGCUCAUAAUGUCUCCGGCGUGUGGCUGGUAUAAGUUGUUGUGCCAGGAGGAGGGAGAGUAUUAUAACGUUCCCAUUUCAGAGGAGGAUGAUGGGAAUGAAGAACUGAGACUGAAAUUUGAGGACCAAGCAAUUCUGGAAGACUCUAAAAGGAAGAAAAAAGCCAAACUGGGCCCAACCAAGAAGGCCGCCACAGAGACAGAUGGCAGUCCAUCCAGCCAGCUGCCACUCAACAGCUUGGACCAAGUCAAACUCAGUGACUUCAACUUCUUGGCUGUACUUGGGAAAGGCAGCUUUGGCAAGGUGAUGCUGGCAGAAAUGAAGGCCACAGAAGAACUGUAUGCCAUAAAGAUCCUCAAAAAAGACGUGGUGAUUCAGGACGACGACGUUGAAUGUACCAUGGUGGAGAAGAGGGUCCUUGCCCAGCAGGAGAAACCAGCCUUCCUCACACAGCUACACUCGUGCUUCCAGACUGUGGAUCGUCUGUACUUUGUCAUGGAGUACGUGACUGGAGGAGACCUCAUGUAUCACAUUCAACAAGUGGGCAAGUUCAAGGAACCGCAAGCAGUGUUCUAUGCAGCAGAGAUCGCUGUCGGUCUCUUCUUCCUUCACCGUAAAGGAGUCAUCUACAGAGAUCUCAAGUUGGACAACGUGAUGCUCGACAGUGAGGGACAUAUUAAGAUUGCUGACUUUGGCAUGUGUAAAGAGAACAUGUCAGAUGGAGUGACCACUCGCACUUUCUGUGGUACUCCAGACUACAUCGCCCCUGAGAUUAUUGCAUAUCAGCCAUAUGCACGCUCUGUAGACUGGUGGGCAUAUGGAGUGCUUCUAUAUGAAAUGUUAGCUGGACAGCCUCCUUUUGAUGGAGAGGAUGAAGACGAAUUGUUCCAGUCCAUUAUGGAGCACAAUGUUUCCUACCCAAAGUCCUUGUCCAAAGAGGCUGUUUCCAUCUGCAAAGGGCUAAUGACUAAGCAUCCAUCCAAGCGUCUGGGCUGCGGUCUUGAAGGCGAGCGGGAUGUCAAAGAACAUGCCUUCUUCCGACGUAUUGACUGGGAGCGUCUUGGGAAUAAGGAGAUUCAGCCGCCCUUCAAGCCGAAACUGUGCGGCAAAGGAGCCGAAAACUUCGACAAGUUCUUCACUCGCACGCAGCCUCAGCUCACACCUCCUGACGAGCUGGUGAUCGCCAACAUUGACCAGGCCGAGUUUGCGGGCUUCUCCUUCAUAAACCCGCAGUUUGUACACCCGUCGCUCAACAACAGAGCAUGAGAAGGAUGGUCAAACCUCUCGUAGUCACCCUUCAAGGAGCUCCUCUACUCACUGCCAUCCACUAAAACUAAGCAACAACCUAAUAUACGACCACCACUUGACAUUACAAAACUUGAUGUAUCAUUUCUAAUCACAAGCGGGAAUUGUACGGCAUGCUUAUUUGUUUUCUAUGGUAUAUUUUGCUAUCUAGAUUAGCUUUGAUUUAGAUUGUGCCGCCACAAGAAGUCAUUUUGUUUAGUUUACUAAUGAGCAUGUAUUGUGUUCAAUGAUGUCCUUUUUUUAUUGAAAGUUUACUCCAGAACUGGACGCACUGAGACAAAACAGUGUUCAUCGAUGUAAGUAAAGGAAUAUAUUCAUUUGCGGCUGUCUGUUGUAGAAGCAAGAUCAUUUCAAAAGAGCAUUCAGAGCAUGGAUUCAUUCUGUAGAUGCAUGAACUGUAUGACUUGAGAAGCAUUGUUGUCCACACGCAUCGAGUUGGUGGCUCAGUUUUGUUUUGAAUGAAGAAAUAAGAACAGCAUGAAGGCACCUUCUGCCUUGGCUACCGUAGUCAAACAUGAAGGAGAGGUGGUGCGGGCAUUGAAAAAGCACCUCGUGAGAGAAUGUUUCGGUGUCAUGUUUACAGCUUUCUGCCCGUUUAACUUAUUUAUGUCUGUAAGGUUUUAGUGUCAAUUGUCUCAAUUGCCAGUGGUGGCGAAAAUGAAGUCAGAUUUGAAUAUACGGUAAGAUGCAAUGGAGCUUGAAAAAGAAAAAGCGGUUCAUUUUUGCCAGGACUAGUUCCAAAUUACAAAGCCCUACCAAAUCUGCAUUUCUCUGCAGAUCGUCAAGGCUUUUCAUUUUUUUUUUUUAUGACCACGUUUAUGAAACGUUUGACUCACAGGACACAUCGAUACUUUGUGUAUACCCUUAAAAUAAUUAACAGUUAACAGGGGUCAACAAAUUCUAGUUAACAUAAGAAAUUAACAUCACUGUCAUGUAGACAUUUGAUUUCUUGAAUACAGCAGUAAUCAUGCAAUGUUUUUUUGGGGGGGUGCAUUAUGUUGUGUGUAAAAAAAAAAAAAAAAAAAAAAAAAAAAAUUCAUUAGAUUUAUGUUAAAAGUAGAACAAUGUUUGUUUUUGUUUUUUGCGAAACUAUAAAUACAUCACCCUCAUCAUCUAUGACAUAAGAGCUUAGAACGCACCUAAAUCUGUGUACAACGCCUUUGUAAAUAAUCAUUAUGGAGUAUUUCAAAAGAGUCUAGCAGAUUUUUAUACCGACACCUAAAUGUGCUUUUCUCAUCAUUGUUGAGACGAUCUACAGUUUAGCGAGCGCGCUCAUAAUAUUGCCAGUUGCUCAUUUUGGUAGGCUUGGUGAACACUGUUUAUCGUCGUUAGGACGAGCAAGCACGUGAUCGAAUCGCUCAUGCAUGUGAGUCAUUAAAUGCAGCAUGCCACCUAAAUGUAAUCGUCAAUUCAACUAGAAAGUGACACUCUCCUCAAAACUCAAACAAUUUCAGUCAGUUAGAUGCUCACUCUACGUCUUCAUGGUCAGUAUUUACAAUAUGUGUGUAGGAUUUGAAUCAUAAGAGUUUUCGGGUCUGUUUGUGAUUUUCAGCAAACUUCCUCAUUGGCCAAGAUUCCUUAUCUUAUACCAGCAGAUGUUAUCAUGCGAAUUGAAAAGGUUAUUUUUUUCCCCAAAUAAAGGUCACUGAAAUACUUCCAGUGGAAAUAUAUAUUUUUUGUGGAAUUUGAAAAGGAGGGCGUUUAUUGACAUUUUAUCGAUGAAUACUGGUGGUUCCAUUUUGUUAAAUUAACAUGGUUUAUGUUUGACGAUAUAAAUAAUUUUCUUUUAUGCAACAACGUGACAAAAUUGAUCAGUUUUAGGGUAAAAAAGAAAAGAAAAUCAUAUUUGCUUAUCUUAAAUAUUUUGAGUGCUUGGUUUGCAUAUUUGCAGAGCUUUGCAGAUAUUCAGCGUUCAUGCGUGCUCUCCAUUUGCUAAUAAUUUUUAGGACAUCCCCUUUUAGGUCAUUUUGUGGAUUUAUUAUUUUUACCGAAUCCAUCAUAGUGACAAACACAUUCUUAGUGCUCCUUUAACACUGCUUGUUGUGUUGCUAUAGACCAGCUAUGUCUCAUUAAUGGGGUUUAUAAUCUUAAAUGUUGUGUUUGUUAUUUUCUUAGGUUUACUUUUGUGGCCAUUGUCAGUUAUCUUUCCAGCUUCCUCAGCCAAUAUGAGAAUGUUAUUUAAAAAAAAAAAAAAAAAAAAAAAAGACACACACACAUUCGAACUUUCUUUCCUGCAGUACGUGACAUAUUUGAUACCUAUACACCAGAUACAAAAUCAUCUUUCCCGUGCCAAACUGAUAAGUAAAACCCUGUAGUUUUAAAAAAUGAAGCUGCUCAUGUGUGAUUAACGAAACCAAAACACUGAGAAAAGAUGCAAGGCCCAAUUAAUUGACAGCCUCCACACGCGAGCAUAAAUACAAACGCACAUAAUUUUCAACAACUCCGACUUCUCUAUCAUAAACCCCAGAAGGAAAUUUUACGAGUCAUGUUUAUGUCUGUGCUUUAUACGGUUUACACUUGAGUCAUUUUUUUUAAUUUAAAUAAUUAUGGCCCGAUACUAAUGAAUACAUCUUAAGUUUAAAGUAUGAGUGAAGGUUUUUUCUUUUUUCUUUCUUACACUACUGCUCCUUUACUGUACUAGGUACGCAUGUGAUAAGGCUUUCGAUGAAUCCUGUUGUCUUUUCAUAGAAGUUAGUCUGUUGAGAGGUGAAGGACGUGUCAUCCCUUAGAACGAGGGCAGAAAUGCCUUAUUGCCAAACUCAUCACACAAUCUCUUAUUGUCCUUGUACAUAAACUACUACUUCCAGUAGAUGCCUAUGUAGACAAUAAAUAGAUGACCUUGUAUUUUGCAAAUGUUGGUUCUCCUUCCUCGUCAGCCUGAAACCUUUAAAACGACUGAGCAACCUACCUUGUAACUGAUUGUGUCAUUUGUACCUAAUGUAUGAUAAUGCAAAUAAAAAAGAAACUUGAGUUUCA